CUGAGCCCGGGGCAGGGCGAGGGAAGAAGCGGGGAGGCAAGGGAGGGCGUGGAGGGCGGGAACCUGGAAGCGCGGAGACCAGGCCCGAGCAGGGCGGCCGUUCUCCCGUUCUCCCGGCCGGCAUCCCCCUUCCCUCUGCCCGGGGCCCCGCCCCAACAGCCCCGGCAGCCCAUACCCCCUCAGCCUCGCCCUUGGCCUCCGAGUCAGGCCUGGACUUGGACGCCUCCCACACCCACGGGUGGGUCGCAGAACCCCAUACGUCCCCGAACGUGAUGGACCCGGGAAGCCAGGUCGUGAGGCCCGGAUUCGAAGGUUACCCGAGCUCGGGUCCGGAGGCCGGGUCACGGUGGCCGCCGUUCUCGCGCCGCAGGCCCUAGCACGCGGGCGUCAAGGUUCGGGCCCGGAGUCUGGCGGGACCCUGUCCCUAGACCCGGGACCUUGGGGGGCCGGGCCCGGUCCCAGGUGCGUGGACCCGCCGGGGGCACUUCCGGUCCCCGCCCGCCGCGUCGCCCGCCGGGCUGCCAACCCGCCGCCCCCCCCCGGUCGCCAUGGAGACGCGGUAGCUCCGAAGUCCGCGCGGCUGGCCGAACCGGCAGAACAGCCCGGGCGUGGCGCGGGCAGCUCGCGGGCCAGUGGGCAGCGUGACGCUGCGCAGCGAGGACGAGGUCCGGGCUCGACGUCCGGCCAGAUGUCCUUUAUGAUUCAUCUGGAGGAAAAAUUCCGGCACCUUCAAGGAAUUUGCUCACUUCUCUGUGUUUGUUUCACCUGUGAACCCCACCUGAGAAAACCCAGGGCCUCCUGAAACAGAAAGUAAAGCACUGGCACUGGGCCCUCCUGCUCCGGCCAGAACUUGGAGGACUCCGACUUGCUCCCUCAUUGCAGGUGGAAGUGCAGCCAGCAGUCGCCUCGGCAUAGAGCCACCUCGGCAUGGAGAGCCCUGCCCGCCCAGCACCCGCCCCCGCGACGCUGCUUUACUAUGUGGCCUUCUCCCAGCUGCUGGGCCUGGCCGUGGUGGCCAUGACUGGCACCUGGCUCGGUGUGUACCGAGGAGGCAUCGCCUGGGAGAGUGCCCUGCAGUUCAAUGUGCAUCCCCUCUGCAUGAUCAUCGGCCUGGUCUUCUUGCAGGGAGAUGCCCUGCUGGUUUACCGUGUCUUCAGGAAUGAGGCCAAACGCACCACCAAAAUCCUGCACGGGCUGCUGCACGUCUUCGCCUUCGUCAUCGCCCUGGUGGGCCUGGUGGCGGUGUUCGACUACCACAGGAAGGAGGGCUACGCCGACCUGUACAGCCUGCACAGCUGGUGUGGCAUUCUGGUCUUCGUCCUCUUCUUUGUGCAGUGGCUCGUGGGCUUUAGCUUCUUCCUGUUCCCCGGCGCGUCGUUUUCUCUGCGGAGCCGCUACCGGCCGCAACACGUCUUCCUUGGCGGCGCCAUCUUCCUCCUCUCGGUGGGCACCGCCCUGCUGGGCCUGAAGGAGGCGCUGCUGUUCGAGCUCGGGACCAAAUACAGCAAGUUCGAGCCCGAGGGCGUCCUGGCCAACGUGCUGGGCCUGCUGCUGGCCGCCUUCGGCGCGGUCGUGCUCUACAUCCUGACCCGCGCCGACUGGAAGCGGCCCCUCCAGGCGGAAGAGCAAGCGCUCUCCAUGGACUUCAAGACGCUGACGGAGGGCGACAGCCCCAGCUCCCAGUGACGCGCGCCCCGUGCCAUCCCGUCCCGUCCCGCGAGGCGGUCUCCGCCGUUUCGGGGCCCCGACAGGUGUCUGUCCCGCACCCGCCGAGGCUCCGGGGGUGGGGAGCGGGGGUGGGGCAGCCCUCCUCCCUGAGCGCUGAUUUCCGGGGUUCAGGCGCCCUCCGCUUUCCCCUCCUCGCUGCUGCUGCUGCUGCCGCCGCCGUGUUAGUCCUGCGCAGACCCGCGCCCCCGUUGCCCCUGUCACCCCCUCAGAUGGAGCAGCUUUGGGUAGGGUUCUGGGCGGUUGGGCCUGGUCGCAGAAGCACAGAUCCCUAAAGGGGUCGGAGAGUGGGGGGUGGCUCCCCGCUCGGGGCAGCGGGGCCUGGGCUGUGUCUGCGGAGAAGGCGGGGCUCAGCGCCGUGCCUGGCGAGGCCAAGACUUGCUUUGUGUGACACCGAACUCCAACCAGGAGUCUUGCGGGCCCAGCCUUUGGCAGCGGAGCAAGUGAUAUUAUGUGUAAAAUAUGCUGGUGUCAGGGCAGGGUUCCCCAGGAGAGGGGAGGGACUGGCCCUUGGGAAGCUCUGGACGCGGGGCUUUGGCCCAGCUGCGCUCUGCAGGCUUCUCUUUCUUUAACCCCUUAGCCCCAGGGCGGCUUUCUUUGCCUUUGGGGCCCAGCAGCCCGAAGAAGAGGCAGGAGGUGGGCCUGGGCGGGCGCUGCGGGCCGUGUGCCGCCUGCAGGGGCUCCCCUCCCCGCGGGGGGCCGGUCUCGGAGAGCCAGCUGCCCACCAGCUGCCCACCCUCGGAGCUCACUCAGGCGCUGCUCUGACAGAGGCCCAGGACACAAGCCUUUUUGCUUUAAACAAAAAGCUGCCGCUGUUGCCCCCUUUCCCUUCCCAUAGGGAGGGUAGGGGCUGCCUGAUCAGGAGGAAAGCCUCAUCCUCUCCUACCUGGGGCCCAUCUUUGCAGGAAGUUGGGACCAAGUCAGAAUCGGAUUAAUCCCCCCAACCCCAUGAGUGUGUAGUGCUGUUAGCUGAGUCACUGUUUGGCUUCUGUCUAGAAAUAACGUGAUUACAGCAUCGAUCUUGUGCUUCUUGGACCUGGUGAAUGCUCUCUCCUUGUUUUCCUCGUUUUCCGGGCUUUGAGGAGCAUGGCACUGUUUGAGACAAGACACAGUUUACUUAGAUGAAGACAUUAAUAAAACUUCCAAAUCUGA